CAUCCGCAAACUGCAGCGCAUCGGCUCGACGCGGCGCUCAGCUGGGAUCAGCCUCUUCCUGGUCACAGCGCCGGACAAACGCCAGGAGAGAGAAGUCCACCUGCAGGACGCAGGAGCGUCUGGAAGCAGCUUUCUGAUGAAGCAUCUGGAUAAACUCAUGCGCUUUUCUGUUUCUCUGCUUCAAAUGGUCAAGAGUUAAACAAGGAAGGAGGCGCAAAGAUGGAGCCGGACCCCGACGGUCCGUUUCAGCGGGUGGAGAGGACGCUGAUCUCAGUCUGGUGUUACAUAAGUGAAGCUGUGAGCAGAUUCCUGAGGCCACAAGCAGUUGAAGCCACCAAUAAUAACCCAACAUCCUCAGAUGAACCUGGAGUCGACGGCGAGCCUGCUGACGGUAGCCAAAAAGAUGACGAUGCCAGAGGGGUUGAAGUCGGCGAGGAACCGUCUCUUUCGACUGUUUCCCUUGUUAGUUUGUCUUCGCCAGUUGUUGCAUGGGAGCGCUGCGCUGCAGACAUCGACUUGAAGCCCAAAGAAGAAGAUCAUGAGAACAAAGAGGACCUAAUAGAGGAACAACGUUCUCAAACAGGAAAUGACUUUGCAGGGCUGCUGGUCACAGGAAGUGCAAAGGCACAUCAAGGCAGUCAAGAGAAAACUGAGAUCGAGAAAUGUGACACUUGUGAGGAAAGUCUGGGUCCUGAAAACGAUGGACAGCGUGCAACUAGUGGAUCUGGACAUGUAUGGGUAAAGGAGGGAGAGAUUGAAGACAUCACUCCCUUGGAUUCAAGAGAAGCAAGACCGGGUGAUCAUCAAAAAGUGAUGGAAACCUUGGCAGACAUUGAGGAAGAAGCUGAAGAAAACUCAGGGGAGGAAAGCAAUGAAAAGAUAGGAGAUCAAAAGGUCAACAAAGCUUCUGCAGCGACCCUAGGAGAUGCAAACAUCAGUGAAGAUGCAUCACAGCUGGGUUCUGGUAAUGAAAACCUCUCAGAUGAGAAAACUAAAGACGUAGAAACUCAGCUUAGACAGUUAUCAGAAGAUGACAACGUCCAGAUGAGAGUCGUUGAAGACGCUGCAACGGCACAAAAGUCAGAACAGGACAAGAGCGGACGGAUGGCCGAAGAUAUUUUAACUCAAAGUGGCAGCAAAGAUGUGCAAAAAACAGAACCAGACUUGACCGAGUUUACAAUUACAGAAGAGGAUGUGCUGGUCACCAUUAUGCAAACUGCAGAAGAAGAUGUGACCGUGGAAGAAUUAUCAGCAGAUCUUGAUUAUGAGAUGGCAGAAGGCAAGAAUCUCUCAGCUGAAAAUGAAAACUCAGCAGAGCAAACGCAACAAGUGAAAACUCUUGUCUGCCAGGAAUUGUCAGGUGUGGCAGAAGAUGAGAGGGUUGAGGAGGAAGAGGAUCAUAAGUCUACAACACAUGAAGAGUCAGAGGAGAGGAAGAGUAGCAGAGCAGACGAAGAGGAAAAUAUUUUAGCCCAAAGUGUCACAAGCAGCGAGGACGAACAGGAUCUAAAAGGAAAUGACUCUGCAGAGGCACUGAUCAAUGAAAACAUGACUGAACAUCAACUUGGAUUGGAGAAAAAGUUGCACACUUCUGCAGAAAGAGAUGAGGUUGUAAACAAAGAAGACCUGGAGGAAGAGAGAGAUGAAAUACAAGAAGAAAAUGAAGAAGACUUGAAAGAAGAAAGUGAGGUAAAACAACACACUGCAAAGGAAGAGAGCAGAAAUCAGAGGGAAUGUGAGGCUGCGGCAGAGAUGCUAGGAGAUGCUAACAUCUGUGAAGACGCAUCACAGCUGAAAUCUGAAAAUGAAAACACAGAAGAGAGAAUGCAACAAGUAGAAGCUCAGCAUCUUGUCUGCAAAGAGUUGUCAGGUGUGGCAGAGGGUGAGAGGAUUGAGGAGGAAGAGUCUGCAACACAUGAAGAGGUAGAGAAGAGGAAGAGUAGCAGAGCAGUUCAAGAUGUCCAACAUGAGGAAAAUGUUUUAAUCCAAAGUGUCACACGCAGCGAGGAUGAUGAAGAACAGUUUAGUCUAAAAGGAAAUGACUCUGCAGGACAGCUGAUAAAUGAAAACAUGACUGAACAUCAACUUGGACUAGAGAAAAAGUUGCACACUUCUGCAGAAACAGAAGUGAUUGAAAAGAAAGAAGAAAAUACAGCCAAUGAGGCAAAUGAUGAAGAGCUGGAAAAAAGAGGUGAUGGAGAAGUUGUUGGGGAAGAGUCUGUGAGCAGAAAGAGAGAAGAUGACGUCCAAAAAGUGGAUGAAGUUAAAGAAGAGUUGGAGGAAGAGAGCAAUGAAAUCCAGGCGGAUGAUAGAGAAAAAAAUGAAGAAGAGUUUGAGGAAGAAAGUGAGACAGAACAGUUUACCACUGAUGGAGAGACAGGAGAACAAAAGGAGGGUGAGGCUGCCGCAGCGAUGCUAGGAGUUACUAACAUCUGUGAAAAUGCAUCACAGUUACCUUUUGAGAAAACUAACGAUGUAGGAACUCUUCUUCCUGUCUGCAAAGAGUUUGAGAACGCCCAGAUGACUGUUUUUGAAAAAGAUCUGAAUACAGCUGCAAACCAACAGACAACAGAAGAGUCAGAACAAGAUAAGAGCAGAAGGACAAAUGAAGAGGAAAAUAUUUCCACCCAAAGUGUCACAAGCAGCGAGAAUGAUCAGAGGACAGAAGAGGAGCAGUUUAGCCAAACAGGAAACGACUCUGCAGAUCAGCUGAUCACUGAAGACACGACGACACACCAACUUGGAUUAGAGAAAACUGAGAUCCAAAAGUUGGACACUUGUGAAGAAAUAGAAAGAGUUGAAAACAAAGAAGACUUUCAGGAAGAGAGAGGUGAAAUAGAGGAAGUCAAUCAAGAUGAAGACUUUGAGGUAGAACAACACAUCGUGAAAGAAGAGAGAGAAGAGCAAAAAGAAGAUGAGGCUGGCGCAGUAAUGCUAAGAGAUGCUAACGUCUGUGAAGAUGCAUCGCAGCUGAAAUCUGAAAAUGAAAACUCAGCAGAGAGAACAGAACAAGUGGAAACUCAACACCUUGUUUGCAAAGAGUUGUCUGGUGUGGUUGAGGAUGAGGGGGUUGAGGACGAAGAGUCUGUCACAUGUGAAGAGGAAGAGCAGGAUAAGAGUAGCAGAGAAGAUGUCAGACAAGAAGAAAAUAUUUUAACUCAAAGUGCCACAAGCAGCGAGGCUGAUGAAGACACAGGAGAGGAGCAGUUCGACCAAACAGACAGCGACCAAUCUGAUGAUGAAGCCAAAGAAGACAUGCAGGAAGAGAGCAGUGAAAUCCAGGAAGAUGAUGGAGAGGAAAGUGAAAAAGACUUUGAGGAAAAGAGUGAGGCACCUGGAAACGAUGAAGAGGAAGCAACUGUUGGGUCUGGACAUGUACAGGUAAAAGAGGGAGUGAGAGACGGGAUUGAAUCAAGUGAAGAAGAGGAGUAUGUGAGACUGGAUGAUCGUUGGAAAGUGUCAGAAACCUUGGCGGACAUUGCAGAAGAUGAUGAAGAAGGAGCUGAAGAAGACUCUGAGGAAGAAAGCAAGAUGCAAGAAAGCACCCCAACAAAGGAGGAAGAGGGCGGCAAUGAAAAGACAGAAGAAAGGGACAAUAAAGCUUCUGCAGCAAUGCUGGAAAAUGCAAACCUCAGUGAAGAUGCAUCACAGCUGAACUUCUCAGAUGAGAAAACUAAAGUAGAAACUCUUCUCCCUGUCUGCAAAGAUGAGCUAACUGACAUCAGUGUCCAGAUGACCAAAGAUCUGAAUCAGACAACAGAUGAGGAGUUGGAAGAGGACAAGAGCAGAAGAAGAAUCGAAGAGGAAAAAACUGAUUUUACAUUUAAAGAGGACGAUGUCACCAGUAUGCACACAGAGAAAGAAAUGACUUUGGAAGAAAUUUCAUCAGAUGUUGAGGAGAGGCUUUCCGACAAAGAGAUCUGCAUGAAAAGAGUUUGCACAACCGCCCCACUUACUGUAAAAGCUGAAGGCGAGUCUGAACGGGAAAUAAACAUUGGCUUUAGCGACGUUCCCUCGGGGGUAAUUGAAGGCCAGACUGGCCUGUCUCACGAGCUCAACACCAAGGCGUGCGAGGAAACUCCAGAGGCAGUUCCUGAGCACAACAAUGAACUUGAGUCAGAUGAAAAUACCACACAAAGGUUCUUCGAGGGGGGAAAUUCAGAGGAAAUUCAGACCAUUCACUUACCAGAAGAGGUGGAGGUCUUUAAAAGCAGCAAAGCAGGAGGAGGUGAAUAUUUACUGAUAAGAGAAGGCAGCACAGAGGAAAGCAAGAAGGAGUUGCAGGUUGGAACGCUUCAAUUUGCAGAAGAUACAGAGAAGCCAAAAAGCGACAACGUAAAUCUGGAAUUAGAUCAUUUUUCUGAGGAAGAAAAGGUCGAGUUACUGGAUACUUCAAUGAAGACAGAGAUCAAACAAUCAGAUGAGGAAUUUGAGCCUGAACUGGAGGAUGAGGACGAAACGGCUGAACGGGAAACAAACAGGCUGCCCCAAGAUGUCUGUGAGAAAAGAGACGCUGUAGCAGCUGAUGAAGGAGUUGAUUCUGCAGAUGAAACUCCUGAAUCCCCCAAGAGUGAAGAAGGGAAGAUGACACAGAUAGGUCUUGGUCCAGAACUUGUACAAGCUUUUAGAUUGGAGGAUGACCAUGAGACUGAGCCUAAAUUAUUUGAUGAAAGUGCCACUGAACUUCCGUUGGUGAGGUUUGACACUGAAGAACAAGACAAAGGUCAGCCGGAGCACGAAGUCCUGAAUUUAAAUGAGAUCAUGACUCUUCAGUUAGUGGGGACAGCAUCUGAUCUGAUCACAGGACAAUCAGCCUUAUUGCAGCGUCAGAUAACAACAGACGCAGAAACAGCUGAUGAAUCUGAGACGAUCCUUGGUGAAAUUGCAAAUGAGCCACAAGAAACGGAGAAACACUCAGAAAAUCCGGCUGAAGAACAUCAGGAUGGGAUUGAUGAAGAAAUCCUUGAUUUGUGGAUCGAGACAGCGAUGUCAAAGGACACUGGUGGGAUUAAAGAAGACCAAUUUACAGAGGAACCAGGCGAAACAUCAUCAGAGGAGAAGAAAGAGGGAGUGAUGGAGGCAAUUUCAGAAGACACAGAAACUUCCUUGACCACACUGGACUCUGGGUUUUUGGACCAGACUUUCAGUGAGAUUCAGAUAAUUAAAUCAGGAGACACCGGAUUACUUCCCAACAAAAAUGACAAUUCAGAAGACAUCUGUGUAGUUCCUACAUCUAGCUCUGAAUCUGCAUUGAUCGAAGAAAUGGUUGAAACUCCUCAGCCUUACCCGAUAGCAGAGGGAGCAUCCGGUGAGAUCGGAUCCUGCCCUGAUUCAGGAGUUUCAUCACCAGAACCAAAACAUCCGAAUCAGGAAGGAGGCAGACCUGAAGAGAAGCAGGAUGAAACUAAACCAGAGACAGACGCAGUGAGUGGAGACAAUGAAGAAGCAGAUGUUACGUCGCUGACAGAAGCAACAGAGUCCGACAUCUCCAGUGAAGCCCAGAUCUCUCCUCUGUCAGAGGAGGAAAGUGUUUUGACUGAAUCGCCUUCUGGACCUGAGAAGAGAAAUUUCUCCCUGGUUGCACCAGAGGAAAAACCUUCAGAAGAUCUCAGCGAAUCAUUUCCAGCCCCAAGCGGGACUGAGCUGGAAGAAGAUUGGACCGAGGUUGAUGCCGCCUUGCUUGAUUUUGCAGUGCAAAAGUCUCGCAUUGCGGUGAAAAACCCUCGUGUUAGGCCCCCGACGGACCCCCGCUCCUUAAUCCAUAAGCCGUCUGUGGAUCCAACUCCGUCGCUGCCGGUGCCUGGUAAAGUUCCUGUGGGUUUGCCUCUAGGCGGCUUGGGGCUCGGGAUCAAACUGCCUGGGAUUGGAGCAGGUUUUCCUGUUUUAAAGAAGACACAACGGCCCCCAAGACACGACGACAGCUCAGAAACACAAUCACAGGAAUCUGAUGAGAAAAAGGAAGAGGAAGAGAAAAGUGAUGCUGCCAAAAAGGAUGAAGCACCAAAGAGACCCAAAUGGAUGCCACCCGGACAACCAGGAUUUGGAAAUCCACUCAUGUCUGAACUCAAGACCAAGCUGAAGAAAACUCCCAAAGAGUGACAACAAUAAUUUGAAUGCUUUCUGUGAAUAGCUCACUAUAUUAUAAAUAUUGCUCUGUUUUUGUCUUUUAUCUAACUAAAAGCAUUGAUGAGAUUUUCAUGCUAUGUACUUUUUUUGGUAUUUAGCAUUUAUAAUAAAGCAAAUCCAAAUACA